AUGAACUGUACCGACGUCACUCGACUCCCCACCGUCCUCGCCCCCUCGGCGGCAAUGGCCUCCCCCGUCCCGAGUUGCCGAAAACGCUCAAUCGCUUCAAUCCACUCGACGGAAAAGAAGCAGCAGAAAGCGCGCAAAAGUCGACGCGUCUACGACUUCACGUUCGACUUUCUCGCGCAGUUCUUCCAUAUUCCACAGCGACAAGCAGCAGACGUACUUAACGUGUCCGUCAUCACGAUCAAGCGCAACUGCAAGCGCCACGGCUUCCGGUGGCCGUACCGUGCCAACAAGUACAAGUCCGGCCACUCCUUUGUGCUGUCGGAAAGGGGGCGGGCGUUCCACGAACUACCGCUUGACUGUCUUCGGGAGGACCCUCAAUCGGAGCUGCCGACCAAGUCGAUACUAAAGAAGGAACCUCAACCGGAACUUCCGACCAAGGCUGCACCACAAGACGAACUGACUAGUGAGUGCGACACGGACACCGAGAGCAUGCACGACGACGACCAGGCCAAGACCGAUUACGGCGAGAUCCUCGUGUCAUUGCACAAGCUGCCGAUGGACAUUGACACGCAGUGA